AUGGAGUUGUGGCAGUUGUACACACCCUCCUCUGCUUCAAGCUUCGUGAGGUUCUUCGAACUCACCAACUUUAACAACAAAGAACUUUUAUUCCUUUUGCAACCCAUCGUUAAUAAACUUGGUUACUUCAUACUCUUAUUGGUAACACAUGUUUGGUGUGCUUUCUUGCAGAAGAAAGAAAAUAGCAAAAGAAGGAAGGAUGAUCACAAUUUGACGAGGAAAAGUAAAGAUAAGAAGGAUAGAGUUUCAGAUGCUGGCGCAAAGUCAUCUCACUUUCCUGCUCGUUCCAAUGUUUCCCCGUAUGCUCCUCCUAUGAUUACAAUGGACAAUGAUGAUGGUAUCCCUUGUACAGGUCAGGCUCCGCUUCUGUCCAACAUAAGCAUUUGUCCCACUGGCGAGCUAUUGGAACAAAAUGCACAGGCAUUGAAUCAGAUCUCUGCUAAUCUUUCUUCUUUUAUGGUGGAUAACAUCAAUCUUUUCUGCCAAACCAGAGACAACAUCCUUAAAAUCAUGAAUGAGUUGAACGAUUCGCCGGAAGUGAUGAAGCAAAUGCCGCCUCUUCCUGUGAAGGUGAACGACGAUCUAGCGAAUUCCAUACUUCCAAGAACUACUCUCCCAACACAAUCAUGAUGCUACUCAAUUCGUAUUCUGCCUCUGAUCGGGAUAAUAACUGCCAAUCAUUGAAUCAAGUUGACUCAAGAUUUACCAGUUGGAGGAAAAAAGAGAAAAGAAAAAGGAGAGAUAUAAUGAAAUAAUUGUUGAUAAUUAAGUUGUACUAGUCUUCAUUUUUUUUUUGGUUAAUUCUGUUUUGCAAAUGUUGGUUGUUUUUCUCUUGUUCUUAUUGGCUCUAACCUUAGUUGGAACUAUAGGAAUUAUUAGUGUUCUUGUUAUUAAUUGAGUUCAAUUAAAUUUAGUAGAUGAUUGAUCAAUAAGUAGUGCUAUAAUUCCAUUUAUCGUCCAUGUUAUUUUGUUUGCAGAUCUUAAUGUUGUUCAUAUUGUUUUAAAUU